AUGGCUCGCAAGUUCUUCGUCGGCGGCAACUUCAAGAUGAACGGCUCUGUGUCGUCCAUCAAGAAGAUUGUCGAGAACCUGAACGGCGCCACCCUCGACCCCAACACUGGUACUUGCCCACUUGCUCCAAUGCAGAGCACAGAAGAAGACAUUGCAGCUAACAAUAAGCCCGCAGAGGUCGUCGUCUCCCCUCCCGCCAUCUACCUCUCGCUCACCCGUGAGCUCCUCCGCAAGGAUAUUGAGGUCGCCGCCCAGAACGUCUUCGACAAGCCCGACGGCGCCUUCACUGGCGAGAUCUCCGUUGCCCAGCUCAAGGAUAGCAACAUCAACUGGGCCAUCCUUGGCCACUCUGAGCGCCGUACCAUCCUGAAGGAGUCUGACGAGGUUGUUGCCUCCAAGACCAAGUACGCCACCGAGAACGGCGUUGGUGCCAUCUGGUGCUGUGGUGAGUCCCUAGAGGAGCGCGAGGCUGGCACCACCGUCGACGUCGUCAGCAAGCAGCUUGCUGCCCUCAACGCCGCCAUCAAGGACUGGUCCAAGGUUGUCGUCGCCUACGAGCCCAUCUGGGCCAUUGGCACCGGCAAGGUUGCCACCACCGAGCAGGCCCAGGAGGUUCACGCCGCCAUCCGCGCCUGGCUCGCCAAGAACGUCAGCGACAAGGUCGCCGAGGAGACCCGCAUCCUGUACGGUGGCAGUGUCAACGAGAAGAACUGCAAGGACCUGGCCAAGGAGAAGGACAUUGACGGUUUCUUGGUUGGCGGUGCCAGCUUGAAGCCUGGCUUCGUCGACAUUGUCAACGCCAAGCAGUAA